CAGCCAGCUUUUUCAUCUCGCUCUCCGGCCCGCCAUCCAGUCAUGCCGUCCACUAGCAACCAGCUCUAUUCCUGUCCUGCCCACGGCACCGACCACGAUCUGUUCCUCUCCUACCAAGCCCAGACUGAUGCCGACACUGUCCAGGCUCUGAAGGAGGUGCUCACCUCGGUCGCCCUCCGUCGAUAUGGCAAACCCCUUUCCGUCUUCCACGAUGUCGACUGCCUCAACAAUCCCAGCGACCCUUCAGUCAGCUCUAUCAGCGCCCUCCCCACCAGCAAGGCCGUCUUCCUGCUCCUCAGUUGGGCAUCGUUCGAACCUAUGAUUGAGAACACCCUCUCCGGCCAGGAGGACAGCGUUCUGCUUGAGAUCAAGACCGCCCUCGAUCUCAAGGAUGCCAAAUCGCUCCCUGCCUCUUUUGCCUCGCUCAACCAGACCCUCGGCAGAGUGAACCAGAUCCAGUCCUUUGGCUUCCGCCCCGACCAGAUGCACAAGCGAUUCCGAUUCGAUCCCGCCCACCUCGACACCCUGCUCAAGCAACUCACCCUGACUGGCCGCGCCGUCAUCUCUGGCAUGGGUGGCAUGGGCAAGUCCGUCCUGGCUGUCCAGAUCCUGUUCUUCAUGAUGGGCAUUAUGAAUGCGAGCAACAAGGAAGACCUCCUCGCCAUCAAAGCCGAGACCAUCGGCAUCAAGCCACAGUACCGCCAGGUCUUCUGGAUCAACUGCUCGACCGAGUCGACUGCCCUCGAUGGGCUCAUCGAGAUGUUCCCCUAUAUCAAGCCCGACGAGAUCAAGGAGCAUGCCUCGAGGUUCCUCGCCAACACUCAUGGCUAUCUCCUGGUGCUCGACAAUGUCGAUGACAUCGGUGUGGUCGACUCUGUGUUUGAGCACUCCAAGUCGGUCGGGUUCAGCGGCGAUGUGGUGGUGACGACCCGGCUGGCCUCGCUGCCUCCCGGUGCAUUCGCCAGUGCUCUUGAGACCAAGGCACCGAGCUUCCAGCACGAUCUGCUCCGUCUCGUCAACUGGGACGACACCACCACGCUCGACUACAUCAUGUCGUCGUCGCCAAUGAUUGUCAAGAGACUUGUGUCGGACGAAGCCAAGAAGUCCCUCGACAACAUCGUGACCAAGAUCAGCGGAUAUCCACUCGUCAUCCAGACAUUCAUGACGUUUGCCGAGAACUACGACACUCCCCUGUCGGUGCUCGAGGCCACGUUUGCAGGAGCAUUGGAGCUGCAGGAUGGCGAUGACGACACGCGGUCGUCGCUCAAGGUGAUUGUGGAUCUGUCGCUGGACUCGCUGAUGAAGCGAGGGGAUGAGGGCAUCGAGGCAGCCAGGCUGUUCGGUGCCCUCAGUCUGGUGGCGCCGACCAACAUCCAGUUCGAGUUGAUCAAGGAGAUUGCUGAGGUGUUGGAGUUCAAGACCGAAGUUGCUCAUCUUGUCACGAUGAUGUGCGAGAGCGGGCUACUUCGACCAGGAUCCAACCAAGAGUACCACACGCAUUCAUUGACUCAGAGAGUCUCCCACCAGUGGGUCGCGACUCACCCCAAUCUUGAGUUGAGCGAAAUCGAAGAAAUAGUGGCGCUCUUACUGCUCUAUUUAACCAAAACUCAGAAUGCGAGAGCGGGUUUGCUUUCCAAUCAUUUGUACCAACUUGCGGAGCAGUUUGUACCAGAACACUACACCAAGGAGCUGCAUAUUCGCAUUGCUCAUCGUGUCGGAGUCAUAUCGCAGAGGAAAGCACUCUAUACUUUGGCCGAGCUCAGAUACAAGGAAUGCCUUCAGAAGACCGCCAACUUUUUUUCGACAAUCUAUCACCCUGAUCGAGCCGAAAUUAUCGAGAGUAUGGGCAAUCUUUAUAUAGAAACAGGGAAACUAGAUAUGGCGCAAAAACAUUAUGAAGAAGCGCUUGAAAUUUAUAUCAAAUACUAUGGAAGCCAUGAACACGCCGACAUUGCUCGAAACCUUGGCAACACUGCAGCUCUGUAUUGGAGACAAGGAAAACUCAAAUCUGCGCUCGAAUAUUUAGAGAAGGCUCUUUCGAUUCAUAUGAAGUGCGGCGGUAGCCAAGAUUCAGAACUCGUCGCAGCGAUCUUCAGCAAUAUGAGUGGAGUCAAGAGUGAUCAAAAUCUCUUCAAUGAAGCAGCCGUGCUCAUCCAAAAGUCUUUGAGCAUUCAUCUCAGAAUCAGCAAUGAGAUUGAAACCAACGACAUCGCCGAAACUUAUAUUGGGAUUGCCAACAUUGCUCGAAAACGCAGCCAGUUUGAAGAAGCCUUGGAUUAUUACCGUAGAGCGAAAGACAUUCAGCUCAAGAUUUUUGGUACUCCGGAGCAUCCGAAUGUUGCUCGCUCGCUCUACAAUCUUGGCAUCGUCGCAUGUGACCUCCUUCAACUCGAUGAAGCGCUGACGUAUUUCCAAGAGUCCCUCGAUAUUCUCACCAAAAUUUACGAGACUCGAGAGCAUUCGGGCGUUGCCUUUUUAAUCAACGCCAUUGGAGUGGUUUUAACACUCAGUGAGCGAUACAGCGAAGCAAUUUGUCACUACGAGGAAGCAAUAGGGAUUUAUGCUCGUGUUUACGGAACACGGCAACACAAGGACGCUGUAACGGUUCUCUUCAACCUUGGUAAAGCGAAUUGUUACCAAGAAUCAUUUGAAAAGGCUCAUCAAUAUCUCCUCGAAGCCUUGGAUGUAUCGCUCAAUACCUUUGAAACACGCAAGCAUUAUCAAGUCGCCAUAAUACUUGGCGAACUCGGAAUAGUUUCCCAACGACAAAAUCAAUUUGAAACAGCCCUUCGAUAUCUCCAAGAGUCCCUCGAUAUCAAGAUUGAAAUCUUUGAAACCCGCGAGCAUCAUGAAAUUGCCAUAGCCCUCGACAAUUUAGGAGAUUUGUGCGCAUCAUCCGAGCAGUACGAUGAAGCCCUGGGCUACUUCCGCGAAGCUUACGCGAUCAAUAUUAAGCUAUAUCCGACAAAAUACUUCGCGGUCAUUGCUAGAAAUCUGAAUCAUAUAGGGAUCAUUUUGAGCAAGCAAGGAAAGAGGGAAGACGCCAUCGGCUCUUUUACUGAAGCCUUCAAGAUCCACGUUGCGGUUUGUGGUCCACGAGGAAGUUUGGAGGCGACUCGUACCCUGAUCCAACUUGGAAUAGUGUACAAUGCGCUUGAAAUGCACCAGGAAGCAAUCGAUAAAUGUAACGAAGCACUGUCUAUGGUUACUGAGUUGGUUGGAACACGAAACCACCCGGGGGUUGCCCAAGUUCUCGACGCUCUUGCGAGUUUUGCCAUAAAACAGCGUCGAUAUGCGGAUGCUCAUGACCACAUCCAAGAAUCGAUUUUGGUUUUGACCAAGUACCAUGGCACCCGCUGUCAUCCCGCUGUGUCUCGCGCUCUUUGCAGUAUGGGACACCUCGAUAUUGCCCAGACGAAAUUUGACAUGGCACUGGUUCGGUUUCAAGAAGCGCUCAAGAUCAUUGUUGAUUUGUAUGGUGAAGAUGGAAAUUAUGGGCUCGCUGAUAUUUAUUCAAAUUUGGGAAGUGUAUUGCGCUCUCUCAAUCGCCAGGACGAUGCGGUCCAUCAUUACCGCCGCGCUCUGGACGUUAUUCGAAGAUUCAAGGGCACUCACAAUUGCCGACCCGAAGCCGUUGUAUUGAGAGGCUUGGGCGUGCUGUCGAGAUCCAAAGGCAACAAUGAUGAAGCCAUCAAAUAUUUCAACGAGUCCCUAGAGAUCGUCACCCAAUCGAAAUCCUUCGAGGGCGAUCUUGAAGAAGGGGUCAUUUUGCACGAUAUCGGACACUCGUAUUUUCAAAGUCAAAAGGACGAGGAAGCUCUGCUGUAUUUUCAGCGAUCGCUCGACUUUCAUAUCAGGAUCCUUGGCACAAGAGAACAUCUCGCCAUCGGACCGAUUCUGAAUAGCCUGGGAGCCACGAAUGUUGCUCUUGAACGCCACAAUAUUGCUCUCGAUUACUUUAUAGAGUCGCUACAAAUCCACACAAAACUUCAAAAGAAUCUGAACACGCCAGAGGCCGCCCAAUUACUAAGCAAUAUUGGUACCGCAUUCGGAAGGAUUGGCAGUUUCGAACAUGCAAUCAAAUAUGCUACCCUAAGCCUCAAGAUAUGCUGUGUUAUCUACGACGAUCCAAACCACCCGAACCAUCUUUCCACUCAAGAGGCUUUGAAAGAUGUGCUAUUUAGGGCCAUGCGAAGCGGAUUCAUCCCCAAUCCAACACCCAUCGAAUGAAGCGCAGCCGCAUUUGCAGGAAGAAGGGAGUGAUAGCUAUAUCUCAGUUGAUGGCGUGCAUUGUCAUAUCGCGGAACUAAGCUAUUCACAAAAGAUGAUGAUCGACUCAAUCGGAAUAAAUACGCGAUUCCGAUUUGA